UUAAGGAGAGCACACCCUUUCUGGAGCUGCUGCCUGUAACAACUGCGGAAUAAAACAAAAGUCGUAUAUAAUGGAAGCAAAGUCGUAAUUAUAAAGUUAUGUACGCGAGUCAGAUGUUUAGAAAAACGCAGGGAAAAACGGUGGACACUUCUUUGAUUGUUUGUUUUAAAUGUUGAGGAAAUCAAUCACCCCAUGUCUCGAGCCACUACGCCGGUGGUGCACAGUCUACGGCGGCGAAGGGCUGGCGUGAUCAGGCCAGCAAUCGGCCUAGUCAAGUGACUCCCAAAGUGUCAGAUAUAGCUUGCUCGCCAGCUAGCUAACUUGCUGAAUUAAUUGUGUCAACCAACGUCGUUGACUUCCCUGAUAUGGCAAUUGAAAGUUGCUGUUUUCAAAUUGUGGCUACUACUAGCCAUUGUUAAUCGACUUUUUAGCUAACGUUAGCAAACUACCUUACUAGCUAGCUCAGCUACCAGUUGGCUAUGUUGGACUGAGCUAGCUAGCCAGUAAAUACAGCUUGCGAGUUCCAGUUUUUAAACUAGAUUUAUUUCCGUUUUAGGUCCGCCAGUGUCUUGGCAAAUUGUGUCAUGUAAGAUUAUUUUUAUUUUUAUUCGUGUACGCGUGUCUUGCAUAUUAUUAUUUUUACAUCUUGGUUUUAAUGAAUAACUAGUUAGCCAGUUAGCAAUGUCUCUGCCAUCCGCCGAUAUGAUCGAAACUCCCCCUGGAUAUCCCUUUGAAGAAAUAGAUUAUGUGGAUAUUGAAGUUGAAGAGGUCGUGGGGAGAGGUGCAUUUGGUGUUGUCUGCAAGGCCAAAUGGAAAGGCAAAGAUGUCGCAAUCAAGACAAUAGAGAGUGAAUCUGAAAGGAAAGCGUUCAUAGUUGAGCUGCGACAGCUUUCACGUGUGAAUCACCCCAACAUUGUGAAAUUGUAUGGCUCAUGCAAUAAUCCGGUCUGCCUGGUGAUGGAAUAUGCUGAAGGGGGGUCUCUGUACAAUGUGCUGCAUGGUGCUGAACCCCUCCCCUAUUACACUGCUUCCCAUGCCAUGAGCUGGUGUUUUCAGUGUUCCCAAGGGGUCGCCUAUCUCCAUGGCAUGAAACCAAAGGCUCUCAUUCACAGGGACCUCAAGCCACCCAACCUGCUCCUGGUUGCUGGUGGCACCGUGCUGAAGAUAUGUGACUUUGGGACAGCGUGUGACAUUCAGACCCACAUGACCAACAACAAAGGAAGUGCUGCUUGGAUGGCCCCAGAGGUGUUUGAAGGCAGCAAUUACAGCGAGAAGUGUGAUGUGUUCAGCUGGGGCAUCAUUCUCUGGGAGGUGAUCACACGCAGGAAGCCCUUUGACGAGAUUGGAGGGCCGGCCUUCCGCAUCAUGUGGGCUGUGCAUAACGGCACCCGGCCACCGCUCAUCAAGAGCCUACCCAAACCCAUUGAGAGCCUGAUGACCCGCUGCUGGUCUAAAGACCCCUCCCAGAGACCCUCCAUGGAGGAGAUAGUCAAGAUCAUGACCCAUCUUAUGCGAUGCUUCCCAGGAUCUGAUGAACCCUUGCAAUAUCCGUACCAGUCUUCAGAUGAAGGACAGAGUAGCUCGGCCACCAGUACAGGUUCCUAUAUGGAUUACACUUGCAACAGCAACAAGAGUGACACAAACAUGGAGCAUGGGGACUCUCCAGGGAGCAACGACACCAUCAAGAUCACACCUCAGUUUGCACAUCAGUUCAGGCCAAAGGUAGACCCGUUGUGGAGCCUGCCUCUGUCCAGAGGGAGCAGUGUUGAGAGCCUGUCGGAGCGAACACACAGUCUGCUGCCCUCAGAGAGCAAAAGAAUGAGCGCAGACCUGUCAGAGCUGGAGCACAGGGUGCCUUUCGCUCCCACAGCACGUCCCCAGUAUAAACGAGGCCACCGUAAAACAGCGUCAUUUGGCACCAUUCUGGACGUUCCCAAGAUCGUCGUCACAGCCACCUGUGAGGCGCAGAGACGGAGAUCUGUACAGGACCUCCCUGGGGUCGGCACAGAGUCCAGCCAGGGGAGCCGGAACAGCAGCAGGUCCUCCAGUCCCAGUGUGAGGAUGAUGCCGCCUGAUAAGACCAGCAGCAGAGGCUAUAGCUUCUCUCCCGAUGACCCCACAGAUACCAACGGCUCAGACAACUCCAUUCCCAUGGCAUAUCUCACUCUGGACCACCAGCUGCAGCCCCUCGCUCCUUGCCCAAACUCCAAAGAGUCCAUGGCUGUGUUUGAGCAGCACUGUAAAAUGGCCCAGGAGUACCUAAAAGUGCAGACAGAAAUCGCCUUGCUGAUCCAGAGAAGGAAGGAGUUGAUCGCUGAACUGGACCAAGAUGAGAAGGACCAGCAGAACACGUCCCGCCUGGUCCAGGAGCACAAGAAGUUGCAGGAGGAGAAUAAGUCUCUGUCCACCUACUACCAGAAGUGCAAAAAGCAGCUGGAACUGAUCCGCGCUCAACAACCGAAGAGACAGGGCACCUCAUGAUGAUCCACAAGCUGGCCCCUACCUGGCUCAUGCUGCAGAGACACAAACAAACUGUCCCCAUGUCAUAUCCCCUGUUCUCCUCCUCUACUGUUCCGGGUCACCUGUAGUCUGGACUGAAACCCAAACCCUACCUGCAAAGCAUUUGCCAUCUCUCUCUCCUCGUCCCUCUGCCCUAUGACAGCUAUGAUCUCAACCUAGGUGCCCCCGCCCACCAGCACCUGGGCCCUGUAGGUUCCAGUGGAUCUUGUUUUACUUUGUACUGUAAAGAGACCUGUGUUUUACUGUAUACCUGCAUGUUGCGUCAUAGACACACUGCUGAUAACAUGGAAUGGACAAUAAGGUGUGCACUCAAGCAGGCUGUUAUGGAAAGUCUCUGUGCCCAUAUGUUUGCACAUCUUUACAGUAUAUUCUUUGAUAGCAGACCAAAGCAAUCAGCAUCCAUCUACCCUCUCUGUCCAUAAAGAGCUGUAGUCCUGAGGUUGUGAUUGCCCUAGGUUCAGUGAACACAGAGGGCAGAGGAGUGGGCUUCUAGCUCUCAAUGGUCAGCCAUCCUUUGGGUCAGAAAGGAUGCUUCUUGAGGUGUGAGUCCUGUACAGUAACCUCCUAUUGCCUUGUGUUCCACUGAGCCUGAUGGGAGGGGAGGCCAGUGAGGGGUGUGAAAUAUGUUUCUUUCUAUUGCUCUCAGGGCCCCUCGGACCCUCCCCUGGGCUGCCUGGUCAGUGUGUGUGUGUGUGUCCUCCUCCCACAGUCCAGUCCUCCCGUUGGUUAGUCUGACCCUGACCUGUCUUCCUUACUGGCUAGUGGCCAUGUGUCCUUGAGAAUGUGAAAAACAAAGAUGGACGUGUGAGUUAUGUUCAGAAUUUGGCGUUUUUUAUGAAUUACUAACUGAAUUUGGCGUUUUUAUGAAUUACGAACUGAAUUUGGCGUUUUUAUGAAUUACGAACUGAAUUUGGCGUUUUUUAUGAAUUACGAACUGAAUUUGGCGUUUUUUAUGAAUUACGAGCAGGAUUUAUUUGACUGUGAUCACUAAGUUCUAAGUGUGUUUUUUACCCUCUUAGGCAGAAAUAGCCACCCUUGUAUCAAAAUAAUGUAGACGUCUCCGUUCUCCCUCCUAGUUUUUAUGGCAGCAUAACCCCUUACAGAAGAAAUCCACCACAACCUGACAACCUAUCUGAAAGUAUUUAAUGUAAGUUGCAUUCAUUUUAACGGGGGAUGUAUUUUAGAUAUGCCUUGCAUAUCCAUGAUGUGUCUGUGGAUAAAAAAAAGAAUGUCUCGGCUUGUUAAAAGUACCUGUAUUGAAACGUGGGUUGGGUCUUAAACAGAGAUGCGAUAUUUAUAGGUCGCUUUCAAACAACAACACAAGCAAAAUAUGAGACUUGUUUUUUCAACCUGCUUAAGUAAAAUAAACUUUGUAUGAGGUUGAAAGUGCAA